AAAUUUGACAUAAUAAAAAUAAAAUAUCAAUAUACAUAUAUAUAUAUAUAUUCUGGAAAGCUCCCAACUUUUUUUUUUUUAAUUUUUAUAAUUUUCUUUGUAAGCUCGAUCUUCUUCCCUCCAUAUAUAGCUUCCAUUUUCAACACCUAUCCCUGUUAUUAUAAUCGAAGCUAAUCAUUGAAUCAUUGGAUCUCUGUAAUUAAUUUAUUGGAGAUCAGAAUUAUUGAGCAGUGUUUGUUUGGUGGUUAAUGGAAAUGAAGAAGGAGCUGGAAUAGAGGAGGUCAAUGAUGUUGUAUUUGAAGCAGCCAAAGCUCCAUUACAGAGGACUGCAAUUCUCCUUGUUUCCCAGGAUAAUUUAAUUUGUUUUUUUCUCUCUAAUUUUUUUUAAAAAUAAUUUCUUUGCAUGCCCUUGUGAUAUUUUCCCUGGGCCUGUGCUCGGGGAGGGAUCUAAUUCGACCGAAGAACGAAUAAGUUUUUGGAAAGAGAGAUGGCAUCUAUGGAGAAUGGGAGUCCUUUCUCAUCUCUUAACACGAUCAUUGAUGAGCCACCCCGUCUUGAAAGGUUCUAUAUGCAGAAAUUCAGGCUCUACAAGACUCGAUCGAAAUUUUACAUGAUAGGGAGGGAUAAGAGUAGGACAUAUUGGAGAGUGUUAAAGAUUGACAGACAGGACCCUUCUGAGCUAAACAUUCGUGAAGAUUCUACCACAUAUACAGAGAGUGAAUGUUCUGAUCUCUUGAGGAGAAUACAUGAAGGAAACAAGGCCACUGGUGGGCUAAAGUUUGUCACAACUUGUUAUGGAAUUGUUGGCUUUAUCAAAUUUCUGGGGCCAUACUACAUGCUUCUGAUCACAAAAAGAAGACAGAUUGGUGCAAUAUGUGGUCAUAAUAUUUAUGCAGUCUCCAAGAGCGAGAUGAUUCCACUUCCAAAUUCUUCUGUUCAAUCCAAAAUCACUAAUUCUAAGAAUGAGAACAGAUACAAGAAGCUCCUAUGCACGGUGGAUCUGACAAAGGACUUCUUCUUUAGCUACUCGUACAAUGUUAUGUGUAGUCUUCAAAAGAACUUAUGUAAUAAAGAAACAGGUCAAGUCCUCUAUGAGACAAUGUUUGUAUGGAAUGAGUUCUUAACCCGUGGAAUACGAAAUCACCUUCAAAAUACUAGGUGGACAGUUGCAUUAGUGUAUGGCUUCUUUAAACAGGCCACACUUUCUAUGUCUGGACGAGACUUCAAACUUACACUCAUUGCAAGACGUUCACGCCAUUAUGCUGGUACCAGGUACUUGAAACGUGGUGUAAAUGAGAAGGGCAGGGUAGCUAAUGAUGUUGAGGCAGAGCAGAUUGUAUUUGAGGAUGUUCCUGAAGGUUUUCCCAUCCAAAUAAGUUCUGUUGUCCAAAACCGUGGUUCUAUCCCACUAUUUUGGUCACAGGAAACCUCACGUUUGAAUCUCAAACCAGAUAUUAUAUUGUCAAGGAAGGACCAAAAUUAUGAAGCAACCAGACUACAUUUCGAAAAUCUUGUGAAGAGAUAUGGAAAUCCUAUCAUUAUUUUGAACCUGAUUAAGACACAGGAGAAGAAGCCUCGAGAGUCAAUUCUUCGUGCAGAGUUUGCUAAUGCUAUUGAUUAUAUUAACAAAGACUUGUCUGAGGAGAACCGCUUAAGGUUCCUUCACUGGGAUCUGAACAAGCAUACUCGAAGCAAAGCAACAGAUGUUCUGUUACUUCUGGGCAAAGUGGCUGCAUAUGCUUUGACACUGACAGGCUUCUUUUACUGUCAAAUAACACCAGCCUUGAUGACUGAAGGAUGUACAAUUUGGCCUUCUUUUGGAAAUACUCAGAAUGGCCACAUAUCUCCCCAAAACACAUGCGGCAAUGAUGAGGAGGAUACCAAUGAUGUAGAGAGGAACUUUAGGGAUGGUAAUGGUGUUGCUAAUGGAAAUCAUUCUAUUAAGCUUCCUAUGUUUCAACAAGGUGUGCUCAGGACCAAUUGCAUAGACUGUCUCGAUCGCACAAAUGUUGCACAAUAUGCAUAUGGGUUGGCUGCACUUGGACAUCAGCUUCAUGCUUUAGGACUUAUGGACACCCCAAAGAUAGACCUUGAUGCACCUCUGGCUGAUGAAUUGAUGGGAUUUUAUGAAAGGAUGGGUGACACACUAGCACACCAAUAUGGUGGGUCAGCUGCACAUAACAAGAUAUUCUCUCAGAGGAGGGGUCAGUGGAAAGCAGCAACCCAGUCCCAGGAGUUCUUUAGAACUCUUCAACGCUAUUACAGCAAUGCAUACAUGGAUGCAGAGAAACAAGAUGCAAUUAAUGUAUUCUUGGGGCACUUCCAGCCACAACUGGGUAAACCUGCAGUCUGGGAAUUAAAUUCAGACCAGCAUUACAGUACAGGAAGAAAUGGACAAACAUAUGUGGAUCAAGAUAGAAGGUCAUAUUUCAAAAGAUCCUUGUCAGAUGGAAAUAUUCUUCAUGAAAGUCGGUCACCUAUGUCAGCCACAAAUGUCAAGCAGGAGAAAUUUGCUAGUUCAGCUUUGCCGAAUCAAUGGGAAGGAGAAAAAGCUGUCCUCUCUGAGUCAUCCCCUGAGAUAUUACCUUCUGAAAUUGACAUAUCAUUUUCAAGGUGUAAUCCUUCAAUGCCUCGCAGACAGCUUUUAAGGGAUGUGGAAAGAGAGCAAUACCUUGGAAGUGAUCAUAUUUACUUCUCUGAAGACAUGUUUAAUUGCUCAAAUUUUGUUGAUUUAGACUGGUUGUCUUCCUCAGGAAAUUCAUGUGAAGAAGAGCAAUUUGAGAGGUCGUCAGUGCUUACAAGCUCAACAAUUGCUGGAAUGUCAUCUGAAAAUGUUGUCAAUGGAAUAAUGAGUGACACGACUCCAUCCUCUAGUGAAUAUGGAUCCAACAUGAAGGUAAGGCAGCAGAUAGGAAUGGAGCUACCCUAUGUUAAUUCACAGAAUUCCAAUGUCCUUGAGGAAUUCUCAGAUGGCUUUGUGCAGUGGGUAAACUAUGGAGAGACGCUCUGCUAUUGACAGUUUAGCUUGCUUUGCCCCUGAAUUAAUAUUUAUUCCUUCCCUCAAGUGACUCAACCUCCUGAAAGCUGAUCUAUUGAUAUAGAGAGGUUACAAAAGUAGCAACACAAGGGGAAGGUGGCCGGAUCUCAGGGAGAAAAAAGAGGCAGAUGUAUCAUCAGCAAAAAAAUCCUCCCAGCCCCAUGUGAAUUGCAGCAUUGAUUCCAUCGUGGAACCGGAGACGAAAGUAUAAAGAGUAAAUAGCCAACAGUAAACAACAAAAUUCUUUUUGGAAGCUCAUCCUUUUUCUCAUUCCUUUGCUAGUACAUGAGCUUCCUAGGUUUCAAUCCUGUAAAUAUAUUUACCCUGCUCUCCUUAAGAACCCCACUUUUAGAAGAAUUUUAGGUUAUUGAUUCUUUGUUUCCCUUAAUGUUUAUGUGGUCAAGUGGAGUGUUAUACUAACAGUUGGGUACUGUAACUAGGGUUCAUAUUGUCUUCAAGGCUUCCAUAUGCUGAAGCCUCGAUUUUUGGGUUCUCCAGUAAGAGGCAUAUUCAAGCAUCGGUGGGUAUUCCAUUGGUUCCA